ACACAUAUACUUGACUAUAUAAAUACACAAACACACACAUACUAUGCUCAGCAGGUCACUUGGAAAGGCCAUCCCUUAUAGAGAAGGACGAUUAUCUUUUUCCAUCGAGGAAAAGGUCUACAGCCCAUUUGUCUUCAGACGAGGACAUAACUUACUAAACCUACAAGGGACACACAAGACCUUUUCCAAACGUCUCAGCUCGAGCAAACAUGGGCAACGAAAAUUCAAAAAAGAAAGGCCCAAUAAAGGAUGGGAAAAAUGGGGAAAAGCAUUUGAAUGGAAAAGUUAACAGCCUCAAAGUGAAAAACAAGUCAGAUCAGAAUGGAGCUACCAUUGAGAAGGCUGAAAAGCCAAAUGGUGAGCUGACCACAAACACCGAAAAUAAAGAAUCGAUAGUUGAAACAGACGGCUUCAAUGUUGAAGCACCAGUUAACGGCAGUAAGGACAUCCCAGGGAUUUCCACAGAAGCUCAGGUAAUUUCCCCAAAAAAUGUCCCAACCAUUCAGAAACAGCAGACGGAUGAGGCCAAGGGGGUUCUCAAGGAUGAUGAAGAAGCGCCUUCUUCUCAACAGCCCGAGCAAGACGGCACAGCGAAGGAUCAAGACUCAGAGACGCUUGAGGAGCCAAAAAGUGUGACUUUAGAUCUUAAACUAGCAGCAGGACAAACUGAUAACGACGAUCAAAAGAGUCAACCAGAGGAGAAAAAAGAGGAGAGCGACCAGAAUCCAGUUAUGAACUUCUUCAAAACACUAGUGACUCCUACUAAAUCGCAAAAAAAGGAAACAGCUACCCCUGAUGUUACAAAAGAUCAGCCCCCGGAGGAGACUCCGCCAACAGUAGCCUCUACAACUGUCGCACAAGUACCUGAGCCUCCGGCUGCAGCCAAAGGAAUGUCUAUCCCACCUCCCCCUCCUCCAGAACCGCCUAAAAUGGAAAUUAAAGGGGGGCUAGCCGCCCAGCAACAGAAACCCACACCAAAGGAAGGGGCGAAGGCCUCUGCAAAGCAGCCAGAUGCCGCAAAGGGCAAAUCGGCUAAGGAGACACUGAGCAGCUUUUUCCGUUCAAAGGAAAUCAAGGAAGUGCUGCAACAAGUUGAUCAAGUGCAGAACACUGUCCCGGACGAGCCUGAACCUGUUUUAGAAGUCAAGGAAACAGUGGAGUGCUUGCCACAACCAGUUGUCGAGGUGCAGACAGUAGAGGAGGUGGUCCCAGAGCCUGUUGUUGUAGAAGUAGAGAAGGCUGACGCCUCCAAGACCACCACGCUGGAGGCGGAUGUGAAGCCACAGGCGGCAGCCCCCCUGCCGGACGACAAGAAACCUGCAGCAAAGUCCCCCUUCUUUUCCUUCUUCAAGCCCAAGGUACUGGUAAACCAAAUGGCAGCUAAAGUCCAAUCCGCCUCCACGAGCGGAGUUCGGCUCCUCAGGAGAACUGCCGGAGGGGCUGCAGAGCCCAAGAAGGAGACUGCUGCACCCCCUGCAGCCAUGGAGGCAGCCCAAAAUACCAAGGCCAAGGAGGAGCCUAAAGCUGCCACCAAAACGGCAGAGGCCUCUGUAGAAAACAAGGCCCCCUCAGAAGCUGCUCAGGGUGGAGACGAAUCCGCCAAAGCCCCCAAAAAGUUAGAGAAGAGGAACUCCAUUAACUUGUUCUUCAAGACCCUGAGCCAGAAACGCAACUCUUUAGAUGCUGGGGUCCAGACAGAGUCAGCGGCUGCCGCUCCUGCCUCAGAGAAGACCAAAUGAAAUGAGAGACGACACUGAUGACAUCACUGAUUGGGCUCUGUGUUUUCACUCUUCUGAAACCAUUUGAAAACCGAUUCCGUUAACAGCAAUUAUUCUGUAUCUCACAAAUACACUAUGGAAACGAAAGUGAUUGAAAGAAUACAAGCAAGUGAAUUUGUUGUAUGAAAUAGUAAAAGUAAAAGCAGAUUGUUGACUGUCUGGAGAUUUGAUGUUGUUGAAGGAUCACGUGUUCAUUAAGGACACACUCACAGAACUGAGUCUAUUGAAAUCUGUAUUCUUUGUUAAAUCAGUGUAUACGACUGAAGUAUGAGUAUCGGAAUUUCUCACCUGGCUGCUGUAAAAUGCGACUUAUCUGAAUUGAUUGUGGUAGCUUAACCAUUUAACAAAUCUAAUGAUCUUAAUCGUAUACAACAAUUAACUUUCCGCUAUUCAGUUAUUCCUUUGCAUCAAUAAGCAUUUUUAAACCCUUUAUAUAUUUUUUCUUUGUAUAUUUUCUUGCUUUCGAGGUGAAUGUCCUUACUGCAGAUAUAUCCUGCUAAAAUGACUUAAGAUAAGCCGAAUGACAGCUGUCAGGUCCGCACUCUGAUGUUACAGAGCACUUCGAUAUUAGGUAAUACUUGUUUAUAUAAGUGUUUGUAUGUUAACAGCAAUGCAGUUCCCUAAUGGCAUGACAUUACAAUCUUUACUGUUCUUUUUGGAAUUGAUGGAAGGUAGAUCGGUUUUUAAAAGUUUAUAAGACAAAAAACAGGUACAUUUGCAUUGCUGCAGCUUGAUUUGAUUGCACCUCUUUUAUUCAUAUAACUUAAAAGUUAUCAGGGUCUGCGAACACGUGUGAUAAUAACAUGAAAUCUGUCUUUAUGAGAGGCUUAUUUCCUUAACUUGCACUAUAUCUUCAAGAUAAUAAAUAUGUUUAUAUGAUGUGCCCUGUCAAGUUUUUAAAGUAUUCAAGACUGCAAUGAAGAUGAUGGGAAUUUCACUGACAGUACAGAAAACCACUGACAGUACAGAACAACAUUUGAAUUAUUCAAACAUUCAUAACAUAUCCCACUCACACAUACACAUACAGCAUUCAGAUGUUUACAUCUUGAGAGCGUCAGGAGGCCCUCGAUAAAGGACCUGCCUCCGUCUGGGCCCCACCCAUGCAGAGAAUGCUCUCAUACUAUUUUGAAAUGCCUGGGAAAAACCGCCCGAAAAAUGUAAUGUAUUAAAAUAGUUCUGUGAACAUAUUUUUGAAUAAGGAAAAACCCAGUGAAUUACAACUGUGCCAAAGCAAUAUGAUGACCAUAAAUAUCUCAUAAAAAAACCUCUCCUAUUUCCUGUUCAGUUGGUCAUAAUGAGUCACGGGUCACACCAUUUCAAAGAAAUGCAGAACCCACGUUGUCAUACAAUCCUUAGAUUUGUAGGAGGACAGAGUUGUUAAUUAUAGGAACCAAAAAAGAUAGCAGGUGGUUAUGUGUGGAACGUGGAAGAACUGUCGAGUGCCACUGCACAGAACAACAGAAAUGUCAUACCUCUGUGGGACUUCAAUAGUUCAAUGUUGUAUGCUAUUUAUGUGAUGGGUAACAUGUUUGCUUGAAAAAUAGAAUGUGUUGAUGCGGUGGUUUAUUUUCUUCUAGUGGCACUGGUGAGCCAUCGAACCAAAGUCAUAACUGAUGUACCAGCAUUGUUAUCAAUCUGAACCAUUCUUAUACAUUAAGCUCAAAUUGAAAUGAUAUAUACAACAAUGUAAUAGUAUAUUUUAUACAUAUGAAUGAAUGCUAAUGACUAAAAGUUAAAUUAA